CCCAGGGACUAGCACCCCAAAACCCCCCCACCUGUUUCCCCCCUCGCAACCCCCCAUCUCCCCCCUCAUAUCAACAACCCCUGCCCACCACCAUCACCUCAGCAAAGUCUGUAGAGGGGCCGAAGUAGCCCCCCUCUCCUAAAUUCGCUCCUUAGCCCACCUGGCCGCCGUGUUACAGUGCAAACCACACGUGGACUCAUGUGAUGUAGCCAAGUGACAUUGUGCACAGACACUAAAGGGGGUAAUAAUGGCCGUGGAGGGCACCAGUGUCCAUGAAUCCUCCUCCCCAACAUCAAACCAUGAAAGUGAACACAACCUCCUCUUCCUCCCCGCCGAAAGGGAAGAUGGUGAAUUGGAGGAGGGUGAGCUUGAAGACGACGGAGGCGAGGAUGCCAGCCAUGUUCCCGCCGAGCCUCUGCCUCCGAAGGAGAAGGAGAAGGAGGAGAAACAUCACAGUGAAUCUGAGGAGGAGAAGUCUCACCGCAAACUGAAGAGAAAACGCAGAAAGGAGAAAGAGAAGCGAAAAGCAAAGAAGAAAAGAAAGUCAAAGCAUAAGCGUCAUGCAUCCUCCAGUGAAGACUAUUCUGACUAUAGUGAUGAGUCGGACUUCAGCCCGAGUGAAAAGAGUCAUCGCAAAUACAGAGAUUACAGCCCGCCAUACCCUCCGCCACACCAGCCGUACCCGCCACAUAAUGCCCCACCCCCAAAAAAGAGCUACCACAACAUGGACAGCAAGAACUACGGCAUGUACGACGAAUAUGAAAAUGACCAGUAUGGAGAGUACGAAGAUGACGAAGGAGAUGAUAUGGGUAAAGAAGAUUAUGAUGAUUUUGCUAAGGAGCUGAACCAGUACCGAAGGGCCAAAGAGGGCAGCCAUCGUGGUAGAGGAAUGAGAGGACGGAUUAAGUUGAUCCGUGGUCGGGGAAGAGGGAUGAUGCGUGGAAGAGGAGGCUUUAGGGGGAGGGGAGGCAGAGGGAGAGGUUACUCAGGAGAGGAACACCAAGAAGAUGAAGAGAUAUAUGAGGAAGAAAUGGAGUACGGCGAUGAGGAGAUGAUGGGCGAUGAAGAGUAUGAUGACUACUCAAAAGAGCUGAACCAAUACCGCAAAUCCAAAGGAGGCCGAGGUUUCUAUAGGCCUAGAGGUCGAGGGCUCCGUGGACGAGGUUUUAAGGGCAUGAUUCGUGGUAGAGGAAGAGGCAGAGGAAAAGGAAACGAUGAGGAUGAAUACUAUGAGGACGAUGAUGGAGGAAACUACAGAAAUGACUACGAUAAGUCCUACCACCGGCAUGACAAGAAAGGGAGAGUCAUCUGUAAAUACUUUGUGGAGGGCAGGUGCACCUGGGGGGAGCAUUGUAAUUUCAGCCAUGACGUGGAAGUACCAAGACGUCGUGGGCUUUGCAAAUUCUAUAUGACUGGUUACUGUGCCAGAGGAGAUAACUGUCCGUACAUGCACAAUGACUUCCCCUGUAAGGUAUUUCACACUACAGGCGGCUGUGUUAAUGGCGACGAGUGCAUGUUUUCUCAUGAGCCUCUGACGGAUGAGACCCAGGAAUUGCUUGAUAGGAUGUUGGCUGAAGAUGCAGAAGCUGGUGCAGAGGAUGAGAGGGAUGUGGAGGAAUUGAAGAAGCAGGGAAUAAAUCCUCUACCUAAACCACCCCCCGGAGUCGGGCUUCUUCCUACACCGUCUGCUCCUACGGGAUCUUCUGGGCCAUGUGAACCAUUGUCCCCAACAUCCAUUAUACCAAAUGCACCCAUAUUGACCUCUGACAAUUCUAACUCUGCCCCACUUCCUGGUGGUCCUGUAAUAGGUGGUCCAAUUCCUGGAGGACCAGUUUUAGAUAUCGAAAUGCCUGGAAGUCCUUUGUCAGGAGCUUGUGGGCCAGUUGAUGAAGGCCCUAUGCUUGGAGGUCUCGGUGGCCCAAUGCCUUGUGGCCCUAUGCCAGCUGGACAGAUGCUUGGUGAUCCUAUGGUUGGAAUUCCAGUUCCUGGAGAUCCCAUGUCAGGAGACCCAAUGCACCUGAUGCAUUUUGAGCCUGGUGAACCCUUAUCACCAGAAGGCCCAAUACCCCCUUAUCCAGGAGGCCCUAUGCAUCCCUACCAGGGAGGCCCUAUGCCAGUUGGCCCUGGAGGUCCAGUCAUGCCCCCAAUGCCGGAUGGAGCUGGUGUUACAAUGCUUGGAAGCCCAGGUUCUGGAGGCCCAACAAUGGAGCAGAUGCCAGGAAGUCCUGAUUCUUUGGAUUCACAGAUGUGCCAACGAAAAAUACCUUCACUGUUUGAAAUUGUAGUGCGUCCCACUGCCCACUUGGCUCACAAAUUAGGUGUUAGACCACCUGGUCCACCAGGCGGGCCUCCAGGACCACCUCCACAAAGAUUUCCUGGACCAUUGCAUCCUGAAAUGGGUAUGGAAGAAGGUCCCCCUAUAAUGCCUUAUGGACCCGAAGAGGGCUCUGAACUUAUAGGCGAUGGUCCUCCUGCCCCAGACUUUUACGGCGAAUAUUAUCAAGACCCCGGUAUGGAAAUCGGCCCUAACAUGAUGGGAGACACAGGUGUCUAUGAAGAUUUUGGUGGGAUACUGGAAGACCCCCGACAGUUCCUUGAUCAGCCUCCAGAGCAGGGAUUAGAGAAUCCUGAUGCACCAUCCAAUUUCAACAAAGGAAAUAUCCCUGACUUUUUGCCCUCUGCCCAGCGUGCCCUUUUCUUGCGUAUCCAACAGAAGCAGCAAGAAGAACAACGAGCAAAAAGGUCAGCUGGAAGCUCCCUGCAAGAAAAGGACAAUGAAGAAGGUGAUACCGGUAACUGGUACUCCAGUGAUGAGGAAGAAGGCGGAAGCAGUGUGACUUCAAUACUUAAGAAUUUGCGGCAGCAGUCUUCUAACCGCACAGCCCAGCAGGUCCCUGCAAGAGACGCUGGUGCAGGUGUUCAUGUUGAUCCCCGUUUGCAAAAGAGUCAGGCCAACACAGCCAGCCGCCCCACUGACCCACGUCUGUCUCGUGAUCCUCGCCUUUCGCGAACCGUUGAAUCCACCCCAGCUGAGGCAGGACCCACUGACCCAAGACUGGCCAGACAUGCACCCCAAUCCAAACAAGACUCCCCAGUUGGUAAAGUGUCUGCAGAAGAGGAUGAAACGGAGAGGCUUCUGCGUGAUAAAACCGUUCCUAUACCUUUGGAUCCUCUCCCCGGCCAGACAUUGAGAGACCCACGCUCCCAGUUACAGCAAUUCAGCCACAUCAAAAAGGACUUAAGUUUGAGCAAGCCAAGUUUUGCCAGGACUGUUUUGUGGAGUCCUGAAGACCUUAUCCCGCUGCCCAUUCCCAAACAAGACUUCAUCCCAGUGCCAACUGCACUACAGGCUAUGCCAGUUCUUGAUCCUCGACUGAACCGUCCCGCCACCUCAGCUGCUCACGACCCACGUCAGCGGGCAUCUGCCCCUGAUGCACCAGCAGCUAAUUCUAGCCUCCCAGAUUUCGAACUGUUAUCUAGGAUUUUGAAGACUGUCAAUGCUGCCUCUGUAACGGCGACCCCUGCACCAGCACCUGCCGAGAAACCUUGUGACCCCCGAACACGCAAACCACCGGCUGACCCGAGGCUGCAGAAAUCGGCAGAGCCUCCAAAGCCUCCUGAGCCCAGCCAACCCCUCACAAUAUUACCUGCUGCUGAAAGCACACCAGCCAUCGCCCCCUAUGAUCCCCGUCUGCUAACUGCGGGCGGGUUGAGCAAGCCUAGUGGUCAAAGUAAUGUUCUGAGCAGCAUCAGUUUGUAUGACCCCAGGACAGGGAGCAAGACCUCGACCGAAGCCGCUCCGAGCGAAACGGCAUCUAAGGGACCAGAGAACAAAACUGCCAGUAAGUCAAAGGAGCCGCUGUUUGUGCGCAAGUCUGCCCUUGACCAGCUAGACACUGACAAACCAAACUCGGAACCUGCCACGGACCGAUACAACAGUUACAACCGGCCACGCCCUAAGGGCCAAACCGCUCCUGAGAGCAGCCAGCCCGCUGUCCACAACCUCCCCGUGCCACCUGUCUACGGGCUGGUCAAGCAGGCCGCCAAGUCUGGCAGCGGCAGCCCAUUUGCAGGCAAUAGCCCGACGCAGGAAAGUGAGCAGGACGCUGGUUCCUUGAAAGAUGUUUUUAAAGGAUUUGAUCCCACAGCAUCUCCUUUCUGCCAGUAGUGUUCAAAACAACCCGAGCGCACCUAUAAUACCUUCUUUUUUUUUUAUAGCCUUCCACUACUUCUUACGUUAAUCCUUCUGUAUAUAAACCGAAAAUGUAAAGUCUCGGCAAUCUGUUUUUAAUGAUUAAUCAGUGUCUUGUGUAGUGGCCGAUGAUUUUCUUUUUGUACAUUCUUUUAAAGUUCCCUCUCACAGUAUACAUCUAUGUGUAUGUAUAUAUUCCAAAGAACAAAGCAACUUAAAGAGGACCCGUCAGCUCUCCCGAAAUUUAGUAAAUUCCCCAUAAACUCACAAUCCUGGAUCAUCUUUUCCCAGACUCUGCAUUGUGCCAUUCCUGUGUGAUUCCUCCUGGAAAUGUAUGAAUACCGUCCCUCUUUUCUGUAGCACGCGUCUCUACACACACUGGCACUGUCAGCACGGCAUGAACUCUGUGUGUAGGGAUAGCACCUAUUGACAAGGGGAAGAGUAAGGCUAGGGCUACCCGGCGACAUGUUGCAGAAAAGUCGCGCACCAUUUUUUUAUUUUUUAUAAUGAAAGUCAAUGGUGUUGCGCUGCGACACGACAGUUGCAAAAAAUCCAUACAAGUUGGCUUUCUGUUAAACUGUCUCGUCGCAGUGCAACACCAUUGACUAUCAUUACAAAAAAUGUGCGACACAUCGCAGUUUAGUUGUGCCCUUUUUGUGGCGCGACUUAUUGCUGCACCACACCUGUUGCAGUGUAGCCCUAGCCUAACGCUCUGUUAUCAGUACACUUCCAGGAGGAAGAACAGAGGGAUGGCAUAGUGUGAAUUCUAAGAAAUGAUGCUCCAGAGUUGUCUUUUGAUGUGUAAUGCAGAUAUUUACUAAACCAGCCAUGUCGGGAGACACGUCCUCUUUAAAGGGGUUAUCCGACAGUUUUUUUUUUGAUCGGUGGGAGGUCCGACACCAGUGUUCACAGCAGCGCCGCGGCCCUCUCAUAGCUCUCCAAGCACAGUGCCGUACAUUGUAUAGUGGACAUGCUUGGUAUCGCAGCUCAUCCACAUUCAAACAGCUGAUUGGCGGUGGUUCCGGGUGUCGGACCAUCACCGAUCAGAUACUGAUGACCUAUCCGGAGGGUAGGUCAUCAGUAAAAAUGUCUUGGAAAAUCCCCUUAAAAGGAAGAAUCCCAGUCUGUAUAGUCCUCCUCAGUCAGCGCAAAGCACACAUUGUGUGAACAGGCAGCUAAGUUCCUAAUUAACUGUACAGAAAGCUGGUUACGUUCCCUCAUCUGAAGUCUGAAAUGCUCUGAUUGUCCACCCUACCAGCCGGGGUUUGUGAGAGGCUUGGACUGGAUGUGACAGACGCACCACUGUACAUAUAUAUAUAUUUAUAUAUAUAAAUAUCAUUUUAUACCACAUUUAUGUAUUUGCUGUAUUCUAGAGAAACAAGUAGACAAAAAAAAAAA